GUCCGGCAGGUUGAUGUAAACUCUCACGUGCAAAAACAUCACAAAUCACAACUCAUAAUAUUUUUUUUAAAUCAUAAUAACUCAAUACUUUCGAGUCAGAAAUAUUAAAUUACUAAUUGGAAAUAAAUCAGUAGGACCACUUAGUUUUGGUCUACUAAACUUUACUGAGCAGCGGGAUAACAGCGUGCAGUGAUGAAAGUUAAGGUGCUUUCGCGGAACCCGGACCGAUAUUCACGGGAGACGUCGUUGGACAUUCACAAGCUCCCUCGAAACUACGACCCUGCCCUCCACCCCUUCGAAGCCCAACGAGAGUACACCCGCGCCCUCAACGCCGUCAAGUUGGAGAGGGUAUUCGCCAAACCCUUCCUUGCCUCCCUCGAUGGCCACUCCGACAUGGUGGCCCUUCUCCAGAAACACCCCACCCAGCUCUCCUCUCUCUUCUCCGCAGCCGCAGACGGAGUGAUUAAGCAGUGGAACAUUCCACUUCGCACUUGCACGAGGACGAUUCAAGGUCAUGAAGGGUAUGUGCGAGGGAUGACUUUCACACCUGACGGAGAAACGUUGAUCUCUGUGGGGGACGAUAAAAAUAUCAGAUUUUGGGACGUCAAUCCAUUGCUCAACUCUCCUGAAGCGACAACAGAAGCGGUGGUGGCAAAACACAGCAUAAUUACUAAAUAUGUCGUAGCUGGAGUUAGCCAUCAUGCCAAGAAACCUUUAUUCGCAACAUGUGGGGAUUCCUGCUUAUUGUGGGAGGGCGAGAGGAACGAACCCAUACAUAAGUACGACUGGGGUGUCGACACUUUGAGUGCUAUCAAGUUUAAUCCCACACAAACCAAUGUCUUAGGAGCCUGUGCAAAUGAUCGAAGUAUUAUUUUGUACGAUAUUCGUGGAGGCAGCCCCAUCCGAAAGGCUGUGUUGGGCUUGAGGUCAAACGCUAUAGCUUGGAACCCGAUGGAACCAUUUGUCUUCGUUGUGGCCAAUGAGGACUACAACUCGUACAUGUUUGAUAUGCGGCGUUUAAAAAAACCCUUAAACAUAUUUAUGGACCAUGUCAGCGCCGUCAUUGAUGUUGACUUUAGUCCCACCGGGAAAGAAAUUGUGACUGGAAGCUAUGAUAAAACCAUACGCAUUUUUGAAGUUGAAAAAGGUCGUUCCAGAGAAGUCUACCACACAAAAAGAAUGCAACGACUCACGUCUGUUUUGUGGACCAUGGACAAUAAAUAUAUAAUUUCUGGUUCUGAUGAAAUGAACAUCCGUUUAUGGAAAGCUAGAGCUUGGGAAAAGCUAGGAGUGAUGAGAACUCGUGAAAGGGACGCUAUGAAUUAUAAUGAAGCAUUAAAGGAAAAAUUUGCCCACUUCCCUCAAGUAAAGCGAAUCUCGCGACAUCGUCAAGUCCCAAAACAUGUGUAUCAAGCCAAGAAGGAGCUCGUCACUAUCAAGGAUUCCAAGAAGCGAAAGGAGGGGAAUCGCCGUGCUCAUACCAAACCGGGAACUGUACCAUUCGUUCCAGAAAGACAGAAAACAAUCUUAUCCGAACAGGAGUAGACGAACAGAAUCCGGAGACUACAGUUAUUUUCAUCGUUUUGACCUUAUUUGUCGCGUUAACAUUUUUACAGAUAAAAUGUAUACUUUGUAUAAAAUAAUAAAACAAGUUUCCAUAAAUAAU